AUGAGUGCAGGGAAGAGUGGCUCGGGGAGUGCCACCUCCCCUGCGGCUGUCUCCGAUAGCCCACAGGCGGCUUCUGGGGGUUCGGGCGACCUGGGGAAAGAAGCAGAAGAUGCUCUCCAGGCUCUUUCAUUCAAAGUUGAGGAAAACGUGCAAUCAGAAUAUGAAACAAGCCCCACAACAGGCGCUGGAAUUUUCGGCGGUGCGUUUCCUGCAAAGGCUCAACGAACGUACUUUGCAGCUGCCAUUGCUGGAUUUCUAAUUAUCGUUUUGGCGUGGUCGUUGAGAACAAAAGGCAACAUCGAGCCAAAUAAGAACCAUUUACCUGUUGAAGGAAAUACUGCAGUUCCAAGUCUACCAGGACAGGGUGUUGCAACGGGCGCACCAGAGCAACCACCGGGCCCGCAGCAGCCUCAGCUGCAGCCACAACCCGUCACGAUUCCACAGCCGCCACCAGUUUUUCAGAUUGUGCCGCCUGAGCAACCGCCUCAAGUUGCUCCACCUCCUCCGCCCCCUCAAGAACAGCCGCAAGUAGUGGCAGCGGAGCCAAGCAAGCCAGAGGAGCCAAAAGUUGAGGAGACACCAGUGACGACGAAAGAGAGCCACAAAGAAACGAACCUCGUUGGUGAACAGAAACCUUCACAGACUGAGUGGCCUCCUGCUGCAGGGGGUGGCGAGCCGGGCAACUAUGAACCGGAAGAUGCAGCAGCACCUACCGCAGAUGACCCUGGUGUUGCUGCACAUGAAACAACACGGGAAGAAGAAACUGAAGCACCAGCACAAACAGAAGCAGACUU